GGCGGGAGAGAUUUAAAAAUAUGGGAAAGGGGUGAUGCUAUUCUACAAGAGGGGGAGAAAGCAGAGGGCCCUGGAGGGGGAGGCCCGCAGGCCGGCCUGCGGCUCCAGUCAGUGUCCCUGAAGCGAUCGCCUUGUAUAUAACCCGCACAUGUUCUCUGUUUAAAUUUUCUAACGGCACAAGGUGCAAACUGUUCUCAGAUACAUAUUUUAUUAAGUGUGCUUUUGUCUAUAGUCAAUGAAUGUGGGAACCAAAACUAAUCUGGAUAAUUAAGAACCGGUUUAUGAUUACUUACCAAGAAGCUGUUUGAUGUUUAAUCUUGAUGUUUGAAGUGUUGAAAUGUGCAUUAUGAGGAAAUUUUGAAUUUUAAACUAUUUUGGUUGCUUUUAAGUGCAAAAUACUAGUAGCAGUUAGUAUUAAUGAUGAUAAUAAAUAAUCUUGUUUUAAAUAAACUUUCGAGGUUUUCUGAAUUGAAAAUUUAUUUCGAUUAUAAUUGAACUGAUCGGCUCGGAUGCAAAAACGGAGAAAUAAUUGUUGCAGAUAAUUCAUUUCUUAUGAGACUAACUACUCAACGUUAGAUAAGUUAGCGAUGAAUGUAAAAGCCUAUUUUGAGCUCGUAAACUUAUAAUUUGCUAUACACGUGAGAGGGGUUUCUAAUUUUUUUUCCCAUGUGUGAUCUGGAAAAAACUUCAGAGCAGACAAACAAUUGAUCGGAUACAUUCAUAAUGAAGUCGCGUGUCAACAAUUGUGCGACAAUAUUUUAUUCCACAAAAAACUCAAAAUGAAACUACAAUUGCAAACCUCUGAUUGAAUUUAUAAAGAGGAAACUGCAAAUGAAACAAGCUGAGAAUAAAGAAAAUUUCGUUUGUUUUUUUUUAAUUAUGCGUACUCUUUAUUAAACGUAUACCUAACGAAGUGGAGACUAUAGAAAAUAAAAGAGCUAUUUAAUUUAUUCCCUUAAAGCUGUGGGGCAAUGUGGAGUAAAAAUCACGAAACUACAGCGUUAUAUGUCACGUAGUUCCAAGUUAUCUCUUUUCAAUGCAGUGUUUUUAAAUUGUUUUGUGAAUAAAUUUAUUUUCCUAUACUUGUUUAAAAGAGUGUUGCGAAUAAAGUGUUAAAAAGAAAAGGAAUCAGUUUGUUUACAAGCUCUGGGGCCACUUUUGCUUUAAAUUGUUCCGAGUUAAAAAUUAUUCUAAAUAUGAAUUUUAGUGCUAAAGUUGAGAAAAUUAUUUAAAGUGUUGUAGUGAUUUAAAACGUAUGAAUCUGUGAAAGUGAUAAAAAAAUUUAGUAGUUUUGAAACGUGUUGGCUUUUGCCAACCAAGUGGUUUAACAACUAAUGGUGAUGCGGUAGUUGAGGGAUUCCCGAGGGAAGCCAUGAGGGCGGCCGCUGCCUGCGUCCUGUUCCUUACUCAUCUCAUACAGGCGACAACUGGUAGCGGUUUUUUUGAAGUGCAAAUCCUUUCACUCACGAAUAACAGAGGAACCUUAGUAGACGGAAGAUGUUGUGGCGGAGGACUGAGGAUCGAUUCGGGUGAUGUGUAUUCACAAAUUUGCACGGCAUCAUGUACAACUUUCUUCUGGCUGUGCCUUAAAGAAUAUCAGUCGAAUGUCACUGCUAUAGGUUCCUGCAGCUUUGGCAACGUUUCUAGUCACGUUCUGGGUCAAAAUACUUUUACAUUGACAGAUCCAGUCACUUUACAACUUCAUUUUACAUUUAGAUGGACGAGACAGUUUACUCUAAUUUUACAAGCAAAAGACGAAAGAAGUGAAGGAGUCAUCGAAGAAGCGACUUAUAGUGGAAUUGUUUUACCAGGGCCAAAAUGGCACACCCUUAAUCAUCAUGGAAAAAAUGCAAACCUAGCAUAUCAAGUGAGGGUCCAGUGUGCAGACCACUAUUAUAAUGCAACUUGUACCAAGUUUUGUCGACCCCGGAACGACAUCUUUGGACAUUAUAUGUGCGAUGCAAAUGGAGACAAAAUUUGUAUACAAGGAUGGAAAGGAUCUGAUUGUGAAACGGCUGUUUGCAAAGAAGGCUGUCAUCCUGUUCAUGGACACUGCAAUGUAAGCGGCGAGUGUAAAUGUCGACAUGGUUGGAGAGGUGAAUUAUGUGACCAGUGUACACCAUAUCCAGGAUGUAAACACGGAUACUGUAAUGGUUCGAGUUGGCAGUGUAUCUGUGACACAAAUUGGGGUGGGAUACUCUGUGAUCAAGAUUUAAACUAUUGUGGUACUCAUGAACCAUGUCAAAAUGGUGGUACUUGCGAAAAUACAGCUCCUGAUCAAUACAGAUGCACUUGUCCUGAAGGAUUUUCCGGACCAACUUGCGAAAAGGUUGACAACCCCUGUGCCUCGAAUCCUUGCCUAAAUGGUGCUACUUGCAGAGAAAUUGGUGAAAUGGCAGUUUGCGACUGUGCGCCAGGUUACACUGGAGCAUCUUGUGGAACGGAUAUCGAUGAAUGUGCUUCACAACCUUGUCAAAAUGGAGGGACUUGUAUAGAUGAACAAAAUAGUUUUACUUGUACCUGUCCAUUUUCAUGGCAGGGAACUCUCUGUCAAUUUGAUGUUGAUGAAUGUACACUUUUGGAAUCUCCUUGCAAGAAUUCAUUAACUUGCGUUAAUCUCGCUGGCGAUUAUAGAUGUCGAUGUAGAAGCGGAUUUACUGGAAAGAAUUGUACAAAGAACAUGGACGAUUGUAUAGGUCAGUGUCAACAUGAAGCACUAUGUAUCGACCUGGUUAACGACUAUCAUUGUUCCUGCACACCUGGUUAUUCAGGAAAAGACUGUGAAAUUGAUAUUGACGAAUGUGCCUCCAAGCCAUGUAAAAAUGAUGGUGAAUGUAGAGACCUCGUAAACUCUUAUGAGUGCGUUUGUCCAGUUGGAUAUACUGGAUAUCAGUGUGAGAUUGAUAAAGAUCAUUGCAGUCCUAAUCCCUGUAGAAAUUUAUCUCCUUGUUUUAAUACUCAGACAGACUACUAUUGUCACUGCACUCCUCAGUGGCAAGGGAAGAAUUGCUCCGAGCAGGCUACACAUCACCUUCAGUUUGGAGACUCAAAUGAUGGUCUAGGAUGUGGAAGUGAGGAAUCUCUUUGCGGUGGAAGAGGUAGAUGCAGCAGUGGUAGAUGUAUUUGUGAUCCUGGAUACACUGGAGUCCAUUGCCAUGAAAAUAUUAAUGACUGUAGGGGAGAUCCUUGCAUAAAUGGAGGAACUUGCGUAGAUCUGGUCAAUUCUUUUCAAUGCAUAUGUAGGGAAGGAUGGUCUGGGGAUCUUUGCGAUCAAGAUGUCAACGAGUGCAUAAAUUCCCCCUGCCGAAACAAUGGAACCUGCGUCGAUGGAGUAGCAGACUUUACUUGCAUCUGUCACGAUGGUUGGAAGGGGAAGACCUGCGCCCUACAAGCGGGUCAUUGCGAACCGGAAACGUGUCGCCAUGGAGGAGUAUGUCGGGACCACGGAGAUGGGUUUUCUUGUGAUUGCCCUCUGGGUUGGGAAGGCGCAGUUUGUCAUAUAGCAUCUCCAGCUUGUGCAAGCAAUCCUUGUGAAAAUGGAGCUACAUGUGUUAAUAGUGCUGAUGGAGGCUACCGAUGUAUUUGUCGAGAAGGAUAUGAAGGCCCCAAGUGCAGAAGAGACGUCGAUGAUUGCCAGCCAUUUCCUUGUUUGAAUGGAGGACGCUGUGUGGAUGGAGUUAACUGGUUUAGGUGUGAGUGCGCUCCAGGUUUCACGGGACCCGAUUGCAGAAUAAAUGUCAAUGAAUGUGCCAGUGAUCCUUGCAUGGGUGGUGCAACCUGCGUCGAUAAAAUCGCUAGUUAUUCUUGCAUUUGUCCUGCAGGUCGAACCGGGUCACACUGUGAAAUUCAAACAUCUGGAGGACCAAGGUGUAUUGCUGCCAUUUGGGAUGACGAGUGCAAUAUUUGUGAAUGCAGAAAUGGCAAAAAUCAAUGCAGCAAUGUCUGGUGUGGGCCUGAUAACUGCCUAAAUGGAACUUCGUGUUUGGCUCAUGAAGUCUGCGUUCCUUCGCCAGGAGAAAGUUGUCUAGCUCCGAAUUGCCCUGCAUGGGCUGAGUGCCGUCCUACUGAAAGUGGAAAAAGAGUUGGGCCCCCAGCUCUUCCAGCACCUCCUUCAUGUUGGCCUGGACAAGCCAUCACGGGUCCGACUUGUUCAAGACUGACGAUUUUACUUAGAAGAGAGACAUUAAUAGCGGGGACCUCAGUAGAAUUGAUUUGUCGUAAACUGAGAAGAAUACUAGCUGAUCCUAGAAGACCACAAUCAGUAGUGCUCCUCUGCGACUUGAGAACAGGAGAAAAUGACACGAUAGAAGUAACAAUUUUCUCUGAAGCGGCAGUAGCCGCUGCUAGGGAUCUAGGUGAAUCGCUGAGUAGACCUUUAAGCAGAGUACUCGCGUUGGCUUCCGUUUUGGAAGUCAAAGUCGAGACAUCUUCACUUAGUGAACUUCCUUCUACUACAGCAAGUGGUAAUGGGUUUCUAGCGGUAUUUGGUGGAGCUUUAGCAACAAUUCUUGUUCUUUUUAUUUUUGGAGGACUUUGGUAUCUUAGGUCAAUGAAUCAGAGAUCAGGAGUAACUGCAACGACAAGCAGUGAAACUUCUCUCCAUAGAAAUAGAAGUGAUUUAGAUGAGAAGUCAAAUAAUUUACAAAAUGAAGAGAAUCUUAGGAGGUACGCGAAUCCCUUAAAAGAGCAAGAUAUUGUUGAACCUAGAGUUUCAGUUGUAAGACCCUUAUCUGGAGUUUCCUUAGGAACUAUAGGAUCCGGUGAAGAAAGCCUUGAAAUGAUCACAGAAGACAGUAGACAUCGACUGCCACCUUUAUAUAAACCACCUAGUGCAGAAAUUAGAAAUAAUACUGUUAGUUUUAGUUAUGAAGAUGGUGCUCAUAAACCUUACAUCAAGCCAAGGCUUCAAGAACCAUCCUAUCUUCAACAGCCAAGUACGAGUCAAAUUUCUGAUUCACAUCAACUGCUUACAGUGCAUGUAUAAUCUUUUUCUUGCUGUGCAAAAUCGAUCAUGAUCUUCCAUUAAUUACUAUUCUUGUAAAGGAUUAAAGCAGGGACUUUCCACAAAAUGGAAUCGAAUUUGAAGAAAAACUCGUUACUUUUUUUGAAACAGUAGCUUGAAUUUGUUCCUGUAACGGUAUGCACUUCUUUUAUCGUAUAAGUAUCGGUAAAUUUUUUGCAGAAAUCUUCUAUGUUUCCGUAACAGUUUGAUUUCUGAUUUCUCUUAAUUACCUAGAUGGUACAAAAACUUGCAGUAUGCAUGUCGUGAUAAGCAACCUACUGUGCUAUCUGGGUAGGAACAAAAUUAGUACUAAACUUUUAUUUAAGAAAGUAUGGAAAUAUUACUUAAAGACGUAAAUAUUGUUUUUAAUUAAAACUAAUUAGGAAUGCUUUGAAACGGAAAUAAACUGAAAAAUCAAUUCCACUUAAUGUAUGGAUUAUGAUUAAAAAAGAUUCUGCACGCUAUUUCAGAUCUAGAAAAAAUUAAAACUAUAUGUAUAUUAUAUACGCACAACAUAAACUUACAUGUUGUCAAAGUCCUUGCAUUGAAAUUGAGUUUAUAACAAAAGAUAACUUGCAUUGAUUAUUGGAGAUUGAAUAUUGUAAAUAGUUUAUAUCAAUUUUAUUUCUGUUACUAAAGGAUUUAUGUUUAUACAACAUCCGUCAUUUUAAUUUUGUAAAAAAAACUUUGAAAAGUGACAUAUUAAUUUGUUGGAUAUGGAAUAUAGGGGACACCGGGGUUGAAAGUGCCGGGGGUAAGUUGUGCCGAUAGGAAUAUCUCAAAAACAAAAAAUUCUUUUUUUGAAAAGUGGAAGUGAGAGAAGUAUUGUUUUAUUUAUGCGUAUCUUUGGCAACUAUUUUGAUUUUGUCUGCUUCACGGAAUAAUUAUCUGUUAGUAAUUUGGUGCAUUAGCGGCACUCACAUGCAAGUUUUCAUGUUUACACUUUUUGGUCUAUUUUUGCAUUUUUAAAGAUAUCGAUUCAUAUUUUUUUAAAAAUGAUCUAAAUUUAUCGAGGAAUUCAAUGGUAUAUUGAUCUUAACAUUUUAUUUAUCUACUUUUUUAAUAUUUGAUAAAAAGUGAGCGUCGAUGCAACGAGGUUAAUUGUGCAUUUCGCUUGGGGCUGGUUGUGCCGCUGUCAAUCGCUACAUAACCAUAAUCUACUAUUGCCUCGUUUGUUCCAAUAGUUAUUCCAACCCGAAAUCAAGAGAAAAGUGGAUUUAAUACAUCAUUUGCAAAAACUGGGCACAUUUAAAAUGUGUGAAGGGUAAAAAAGGGUCAGUUACAUGUGUGUGAAUUGUGAUUUCAUAAAAUCGCAUUCGGAAUACGUACUCAUGUCUUAAAAAUUAUUUAUUAAUCAGAAAGUAGAGUUUUUUACAGUUGAUUAACGAUACAAAUAAGUAUUACAAAAAAUAUUUUAAAAGACUGCCCAAUUAUGUAAUUGUAAAAUUUAAGACAGAAAUGUUUAUUUAUUUACAAAAAUCUAUAAAUGUUACGAUUAUUGGAAAAAUUCUUUGAAUGUUUAUAAUAAAAAUACUUAUUACAAAAAAUAUAUUUUAAGUGACUGACUAACUUUGCAAUUAUAGAAUAUGAGUCAGAAAAUGUUUAUUUGUACCUACUAAAAGUGGUACUAAAAAAAAGAAAUCUUAAGAUUGUUCAUAAAAACCUUUAAAAGUUUAUAAUAAAUGUAUAACAAAUAAUAGUAAAUCAUAUACUGUCAAUAAUUAUUUUAUUUCUUACGCGUAAAAUCAUUUGCUUUAACUUAAACAACUAAAAAAUCUGAGCGGCACAACCGACCCUGGCGUCGGCACAACUCUCCCCAGCGCGGAGUGCGAUGUGUCGCGUCGCCUUGCUGCACAAAAUCAUUUUUUACAAAAAAACUGUUCAAAAUUAUCAAAAAAUAAUAAUGGAUUGAAAAACUACAUUAAAUUUUACAAUAGGUAGACUAUAAAUUAAAACAAAAAGUUGCCAUUUUACUACCAUUUUCGUUAGUUUUCUCAGAAUCGGCACUUUCAGCCCCGGUCUCCCCUACUUUAAAAAUCUUAAAAGCAACAAUGUGAACAAUGAUUACCUAUAUUUGAUUAUUAAUACGAAAAGAUAAGUAUAAUUAUCAUGAAAUGAAAUGUACACUAAUGUAACAAUUUACAAAAUUUGAAAAGUUGAACUGUUUGAUGAUAUAAAUAUCAGACGCACGGAUCGAGAUGACCCAAGUGGAAAAAAAAGUCUAGCAAUUUGACGGUCACAACUAGGAAAGAAUAAACAUUGAAUAGAAUACCCCAACCGGGAGACCGAGACUAAUCAGAACGCCUCUUUCCAUAUGUGAGCGUAUAAUCGCUUGACUCUUUCCCCAAACUGUCAAUGAGUCUUCUCGGCCAGUGCGUAUAAUGUACUCAAACAGUUAAAGUUUUCAAAACUUGUGAAAAUUGUCAUUUUCAUUUCAUGAUAAUUAUGCUUAUUUUUUCAAAUGACUAGUCAAAUAAGGUGUCGUACCCUACUUUUAUACAUAAAUUUUACAUUUUCACAAAGAAAAUAAUAAAUUUUUAUCUUUUACUAAAAAAAACGUGUCCGCAAAAAUUUGCAUGGUUUGUUUUUAUUAAAAAUUUUUUUUAUAUGAGCCAGUUAUUGAUAAAUUUGAAAAAGUACCAAAUGUCCUGAAUUUUUGACCUUCCAUUAGCGCCAAAAAAAUUAAACGAACAAUGCUAAAAAAACAGUCCAAAUUUUCCUAAAAAAGGUAUUGUAAAACCAAAAUGGAUUUCCAUAGAUUUAGACCUACUAAAUUCAAAAAUCACACUUAAGAAGUUCCAACCUUUGGAAGUUCAACAAAAACGAUUGAAAAGCUUCCCUGCAAUAAGAAAUAAUAUUAUGCAAAAAUAGUAAAUUGAGAAAAAUUAACAUAAAUAAGACAUUAAGGGGGGAAACUCGUGUAAAUGCACGUUUUUCAGGAAUUUAAAAUAAAACCGGUAAAAUUUAAUAAAUUAAAGUAAAGCAUACCUUAAAGUACACAAUAUAAGCUUUAAAAAAAAAAUUUUUUAUUAAAAAAUAUCCCAAAUUGCGGCGUUACAGGUGUUUGAAGUUGCAUCUUUGAUUUUGCGCCGUGCACCCUACAGGUCAGAAAUCUCAAUUAAAAUUGUCGGAUCGGGCUGUAACUUGCACACAGUUUAGCCCUAGGGGCGAGUACUUUAACCACGAAGUAUUAUUAGGUUUUUUCAAAAACUGUAGGAGAGGGAAGGGAUUGAAUUUUUUUGAAAAAUUUAAGCAGUGAAUUUUUGAAGACUUGUAACUUUUAAACAGAAAGAUGAAAAAAUAUUUUACCUACAUGUCUUCAAAAGGUUUUUUCCUGCUCUUUUGAAUGGUGAAAAAUGUUUUUUAAAGAAUUUAAAAUUUGACCCUUUUUUGAAAAUUAAAAAUAUUUUUAACUUUUUUUUUUAAUUCGAUCUUUUUAGGGUUCUGUACCCGAAGGGGAACCCUAUUAAUGAGACUAGUGAAGCAAGGCAUGUACUACCCCCCGCUAGCGGCCACACGAAUUUAUCUAGAGGGCUGAAAUUUGGUAUACAUAUGUAUUUUGGCGUGUAGAUUACAGGAAAAAUAUAGCGAAUCUCAUAGGAAUUAAUUAUAGCGUUGUCAAGGAAAAACCAAGAAUUUUUACGAAAAAUCCCUGAAAAUGACUAUGUACCCCCACCCCUUGGUUCCCACAUCUUUUUACAUAAAGAGCUCAAGUUUGGUACCCUUAUGUAUUUUUACGUGAAAACUACAGGAAAAAUAUAGCGAACAUGAUUCGGAUCAAUUUACAUAGCGUUGUCAAGGAAAAAUAAAAAAUUUUGAAAAAAGCGUUUAAUCCUCCUAGCGCACACACUAUUUGACCAAGACAGUUCAUAUUUGGUAUACUUACGUAUUUUUGCAUGUAGAUUACAGGAAAAAUAUAGCGAGCACG